AUGUGUUGUCUGCAGGGCUCAGAUCUUAAUCACAACCACGCCACAGGAAAGGAGCUCCGCACCGUUGAGGCACAAGAGCAGGCCGCGGCUGCGGCCGCCACGAGCGCGCAGCUGGGAAGCGCCGCGCCGGGGCGGUCGAGGAACCCUCAGGCGGAUGGCACGUGGAGGAGCCCCCGCCGCCGUGGAGCAUGCCCUCCCCGCUGUGGAGGUGGAGGAACCCCCGAGCUACAGGAGGAGACACGGCAGCCGAGCACGUAUCGGUUUGUGCAGGGGGACUGCCAUCGACGAGUGCCCAAGGAGGCGACGCGCAUCGGGUUGUGCAGGGAGGUCGCCGCCGUCGAUUACGCUCAGGGAGGGGAGGAUGCCCCCGCUAGGAACGCAUCGGAGAAGGCCAACGACGCCAUGGUGGGCGAGACUGCUCUGUGCACUAGGAUUGGUGCUGCGAAUGAGUGCGCCGUGGAUGGUGGAGGCCACGCCGCCACGACGUCGGCGGCGGAGAUCACCAAUGUGGCGGCGGAGGCCACUUCGGCGGCGGCGAGAGUAGCAGUGGCGCGGGUGUCGAGGCAACAAGAUGGUCCAGAACCUGUACAUGAGGAUGGCUCCUCCUUCCAGUUCCUUCCUCCGGCUCCCGUGGUUCUCUUCUGCAAGGGCUCACCACCUUUGAAGAAGGUUGUGAUGCAGAAUCAGCCGAUUCCGCCAAAAUCGGCUCCUAAGAGCGCAGCAUCUUCUGGGCCAACUGCCCCCCGAGCCUCAAUCAAGGCGAGAAAAGCAGUAAGGAAAGUAUCUGCCAGGAAAACCUUGAAGCGCCAAAGUCCUAUUCCUUCUCAAGAGAGUUUGCACGCUAGGGCUCGUUUCCCUCGGAUCGACUCAGACCGACGAGGCCCUUGCCGGAAGAGGCCUCUGGACAAGUACGAUCCAGAUCCCGUCAUUCAUUGGCUGGAUCUGAGGAUGGGCCGGACUCCAUCUUCCCGCCUUGGCAAGUCUCCGCCGGAACCAGCUGACACUCCCUCAGCCAGCAACAACCCACAGAUCCAUGAGCAUGAACCUCCCCUGCAGGCCGAGGUUGGCGACGAGUUUCUGGAUAAGCUCAUGGCCGAGGGCCAGAAGAGCGAUCCUCCUGCUGCUGGCGCCGGCCCCAGCCAUGCUCCCUCUGGCAAACGUCCUCGGACUGAAGUCAUUGGAGGGAAGCAGGUGUUCCCAGUGCCUGCAUUUCUUGAUGAUUCUUCGGGUGCUCUUUCUGAAGAUGAUCGAGUCCAACGUAUGAAGGACCGCAUCACACAGUUGGAAAAGGACCUACCCGCAGCACCUAUGCUUUGGCUGCUAUCAUCAAGAAGAAAGGCGAGAUUGCAGCUGACGUAG